UGGAGAUAAAUGGAGCAGGAAGAAGAAGGGGCCAUUUGUCUGAGCUUGCGAGUGGAAAUUGAGCUCUCGGAUUAUUCUCUUCCAUGGCGUUCUCCAUGCAACUUUAUCGUCUUCCUACUCGUACAGAUGCGCUCUUGCCGGAGAAUUUCGCCACCCUUCGGUCAGUCCGGUACAGGAAGCCUUUGUCCGUGAGAUGCGACGGCGAUUCUUCUUCUUCAGCGGCUGUGGACUCCGAUUUUGACGCCAAGGUGUUCCGGAGGAACUUAACGAAAAGCGAGAAUUACAACCGCAGAGGGUUUGGUUACAAGGACGAGACUCUGGCGCUCAUGAAUCGCGAGUAUACGAGUGAUGUCAUAAAGACUCUGAAAGAAAAUGGAUUUGAGUAUACGUGGGGAAAUGUUACUGUAAAACUGGCGGAAGCAUAUGGAUUUUGUUGGGGAGUUGAGCGAGCAGUCCAGAUUGCUUAUGAAGCGAGAAAACAAUUCCCUGAUGAGAAAAUAUGGUUAACCAAUGAAAUUAUUCACAAUCCAACUGUUAACAAGCGCUUAGAGGAGAUGGAAGUCCAAAACAUUCCACUCGAGGAAGGAAGGAAACAGUUUGAAGUGGUCGACAAGGGUGAUGUUGUGAUUUUGCCUGCCUUCGGGGCUGCAGUGGAGGAGAUGUUGACAUUGAGUGAAAAAAAGGUGCAAAUCGUUGAUACAACUUGCCCAUGGGUUUCAAAGGUUUGGAAUGUUGUGGACAAGCACAAGAAAGGCGAUUAUACUUCAAUCAUUCAUGGUAAAUAUGCUCAUGAAGAAACUGUAGCAACAGCAUCCUUUGCAGGAAAAUAUAUAAUUGUGAAGAACAUGGCAGAGGCAAUGUAUGUGUGUGACUAUAUUCUCGGAGGUGAACUUGAUGGAUCCAGUUCAACUAAAGAAGAGUUUAUGAAGAAAUUCAAAAAUGCAGUCUCGGAAGGUUUUGACCCAGAUAUUGACCUAUUGAAGGUCGGAAUUGCAAAUCAAACCACAAUGCUCAAGGGAGAAACAGAAGAGAUUGGUAAAUUAGUUGAAAGAACUAUGAUGCGCAAGCACGGAGUGGAAAAUGUCAACGAGCACUUCCUCAGUUUCAAUACAAUAUGCGAUGCUACUCAAGAGCGUCAAGAUGCAAUGUACAAGCUAGUAGAGGGAAAACUGGAUCUCAUGUUAGUUGUUGGUGGAUGGAAUUCCAGUAAUACUUCUCAUCUUCAAGAGAUAGCGGAGGAGCGAGGAAUUCCAUCUUACUGGAUCGAUAGUGAGCAGAGAAUAGGUCCAGGAAACAGAAUAGCUUACAAACUGAAUCAUGGGGAGUUAGUUGAAAAGGAGAACUGGCUACCCAAGGGUCCAAUCACAAUUGGUGUCACAUCCGGGGCCUCAACCCCUGAUAAGGUCGUCGAAGAUGCUCUUAUCAAAGUCUUUGACAUUAAGCGCGAAGAAGCUUUGCAGUUUGCAUAAAUUUAUAGGUUAGUAGUUCAAAUUGACUUAUUAGAGACAAGAGUUGUAUGAUUGUAAAUGUGUAACUGAAAUGUGGUACCAUCCCUUCAAAUCAUAUAGUCUCUUGUAUCAAAAUAGUAAUGUUGUGCAGUAGUAAAGAUCCUAGUCCUACACAGAAAUGUAUCGCAUAGUUCAAUUAGUUCAACGAGUAUGUCGACCUUCAACGCUGUUGAAUUGUAUCUGUAAUUUUAUCGUUUGGACUCUGAAGAGCACAUAUUCACACCCAAAUUACAGAGGAAAUGUUGAUUGAAACAGAGAGAGUUGGUGAUC